UGCCCUUGUCGUCAUAGUCGUCAUAGACGUACAUACGUAAAGGCUUCGAUGAGCGAAGACGCGUACGUUGACGUCGCCGCCAUAUUGGAUGUGGCAAGGUGGUGGAAAAGCUAAAAAAAACCUCAUUCAGUGCUGCUUGGAGGACGUAGCAACCAUUUUACACUCAACGCCUGAUCGGGUUGGAUUAUCUUUCACAGUGUGCUGGUGCUGCGGUGGGUGAGGAGUCUCUCUGCAAAUCCUGUCGUCACUGGGAUGCGGCUGCUGCCUCCUCGCGAGCCUAAUAAGGACCGAAGAUGACCGCAGCGCCUCAACCGCGUUUCCUGGUGCUGUUCGACUUCGACGAGACCCUCGUGAACGAGAACAGCGAUGACGCCGUGUUGCAGGCUCUGCCGGGCCAGCGGCUCCCCGAUUGGCUGAAGAACAGCUACCGCGAGGGCCACUACAACGAGCACAUGCAGCAGAUUCUGGCCUACAUGGCCGAGCGGGGCGUGUCGCGCGACGCCAUCCGCUCGGCCGUGGAGACCAUCCCGCCCGCGCCCGGCGCCCUCGCCCUGCUGCACUUUCUCCAGAGCCACCAGCGCGACUUUGAGCUGGCGGUGGUCUCGGACGCCAACAUGUACUUCAUCGACACCUGGCUGAAGCACGCGGGCGUGCGCCACCUCUUCUGGAGGAUCUUCACCAACCCGGCCAGCUUCGACGCCAGCAACCGUCUGGUGCUACUCCCGUUCCACACCCACCUGUGUCCCCGUUGCCCCGACAACAUGUGCAAGCAGGUCAUUCUGAGGGAGUACCUCGCCCUGAGGCAAAAAGAGCGCGGGGUGCCAUUCCAACAGGUGUUUUACGUCGGCGACGGCGCCAACGACGUGUGCCCCUCGUUGGCCCUGGGGCCCCGAGACACAGUUUUCCCUAGAAAGGACUUCCCCAUGCACAGGCUGCUGAAGUCAGAGGGAGCCAAGUUCAAGGCCAACGUGGUUCCCUGGAGCAGCGGCGAGGACGUGCUGCACUGCUUGAAGAAAGUCGUGGAGGCGAGAUGAUAACGGACGAGCAGGAAACGACAACCUGAACAAAGGUGCUCUAAUCGUAUAGAGUAGCUAAUAGAUAAAUAUCCCAAAUAUUUGCUUUUGUCAAAAAAGAAAAUAGAAUCAUCACUAUCAUCUACCAGCACUCUCAAAACAAGAACAAGAGUACGGAAAUAUAUCUGCCAUUUGAGUUUGAAUUUGCAACACUUCGCAUCAAAAUCAAAUUUUGAAUUUUAAAAAGCAUCAAAAUAAUCGCUUUUUUAAUACGACUCGUAAAGUGAUAUUUGCAUGAAAAACAAUUCGAGAUCUCCAAAAAGUUUCAAACAAUUCCCCCAAAAAAUCAUUGUCUCACACGAUCAAUGAAAGGUAACGUGAUUGGCUGUACAUUGAACAAACUGAGGAAUUUUGACUUCCUAUGCUAGUUUUGUGCCAAAUGAGUUGAAAUUCAUUUUUUUAGUUGUUGAUCUUUUUUUUCUGAUUUUGAUGCUCUUGGAAAAAAGAAUCUGAAACUCAAAUUCAAAAUUAGAUGGCACAUAUAUCCAAGUGUCUUUCUUUAGACGUGUUUUACUGAGCCACGUUAUUAUCGCUAAUCGGCAAGGCUAACAGGACGCUUAAUGUGCAGGCUACCAAAAUGGUGAAUUAGUGAUAAUAAUAAAAAUAAAAAUAAUAGGAGUGUUAAGUGUUGAAAAUCUGCAAUCAAUAAUGUUGAUAGUGACAAUAACGACAGUUUCAGACCUCCACCAAGACGGAAAUAUUAAUAUUCGUGUUUGUUUAUGGACAUCUGUUUGUGUACAUUUUUUCAGUUAGCAGACUAAUUCCUGAUUUACAGAGAAUGGCAAUUUUUAGCCGUGGGAUGUGGGGGAACCGUUCCAUCAAUAAAUCAUUUUCUCCAAACAAAAGUGAGGGGAAAAAAAAAAAGGCUAAUUGCGAUGGCGUCUCUACGUUUGUCGAUGAUGGUAAACAACGUAAAGACCUUAAGACUAAACGGACGGGACUGUUUUUGUGUAA